AAAUUUAUUGGAAAAGAAUGUUGGAGACCGCCGCAGAAUAACAAACUGACGAUGAUUGAUGGACGAAAAAAUAGAAAAGACUUUACGUCUAUCGUGUACGAGACGUUCAAAGACUUUGCCGAGAACACCAGCAUCCACGGCCUCAAGUAUGCCGUUCGGCGAGACAUCGUCAUCUACGAGAAGGUUUUUUGGGUUUUUGUGGUUUUGACGGGACUUGGGGGAGCCGGGUACAUGACGGUGCUCUUCUGGAGUCGCUACACGAGCAACCCCACCAGGACGUCCAUUCUGACGGCGUAUGCGCCCAACACUGCGGUGCCUUUCCCUGCGGUCACCAUCUGCAACAUCAACCGGAUCAUGGCCGACCAGGUGGAGGACUUCACCGAGAAGUUGACUAUACGAGCUGAAGACGUGGAGACCGUCCGUCGUGCUUUUCCCCAGCUCCUCGCUUUCGUUGCAAUUGACACCAAGGUGUACAACAUGUCCGAGUUGUUGGUUUUGCACAAUGUUUUGGUCGAGAAUAAUUACAACGACAUUGGUGUCGUAAUGAAAAAAAUAACACAGCCUUGCAAGGACAUGAUCCUAAAAUGCGAGUGGGAGUUUGAAACGGUACCUUGUGAGCAACUUUUCCAGGAAACUUUGACCACCGACGGCAAUUGCUGCUCGUUUAAUUACAUUCGCGAAUAUAUCGACAUGUCGCGAAUUUCUGAGCAGGGGCCUUCUGUUGGCAGCUCGCGCCGCCGCCCCAUCUACACCCCCUUCAACGGCUUCAACGGCGGCUUGAAGCUGCACCUGGACCCGGAAAUCCAGGCGGUGCAAUACUCCAGUCUCCAUUCAUCAGGAUUAAAAGUGAUGGUGCACAGUCCUUGGGAUUAUCCUGGCUCUGGAUCGAUCUAUAAGAUCGUCUCAGCCGGCCGCCAGUCCUAUUUACAAGUCUCUGCAAGUAAGAUCGUUUGCAGUUCCGAUUUCAGGCAGCUUUCCAUUCAACAAAGACAGUGCGCUUACUCCGAUGAGGUUAAGCUCAGAUAUUUCAAACUUUAUUCGGACACGAACUGCCUGACUGAAUGCGAAGAGAAGUAUCUGUACGCGAAAUGCGGAUGCGUCCCUUUUUAUUACCCUUUCUCGACGAAAAGGAUCUGCAACCUCACGAGCAUUCCCUGUCUGGACGACGCCAUAGGCACAACUCUGGUCAACAUAACGAAAGCUUGCGACUGUCCAUCGCAAUGUGAAGACAUAUUCUACAACGUCCUCUCAUCCACUGCUGCACUAGGUCGUGAAGAAGCGGCCCCAACUUCUGACUUUUUUGAGGACCAAAACGUAACCGGCAACAGCAUCGCCCUCUAUGUCUACUUCCAAGGCUUAAAACAAACAAUUUUGUACAAAGACAUCAUCACUUCGACCAUUUAUUUGCUAUCCUCGUUCGGCGGCGUCUACAGCCUGUUUCUGGGCUGUAGCUUCAUCAGCGUGGUGGAGAUCGUCUACUACUCCACCUUCAGACUGCUGGUUAACAUGAAAUUGAUUGGGAGAAUUGACAAAGCGGAUGCGAGGCCACGCAAAGACGAGGCGAAACAACCAGUCGAGUUCCUAAAUUAA